AUUACCUUCUAGAAACAACGACAAAACCAGAUAUCAAUUUGAACCAUCCCAGCACAAUACAUCAUGAAAGAGUUCAGCAUCUUGUCCUCAUGGAUGUUCAUCAACCUGUUGCUGCUGGAGAGCUCAUCAUGUGCUGGUGACUCAAGUGUUGUGAAUCCCUGUUGUUACUACCCUUGUCAGAACUCAGGAGUGUGUGUGAGAUUUGGUACAGACGGCUACCAGUGUGACUGCACUCGCACCAGCUUCUAUGGAGACAACUGCACUGUUCCAGAGUUCUGGACCCGAGUUCGUCAUAUGCUGAAGCCCAGCCCUACGACGGUUCACUUCAUACUCACACACUUCCAGUGGUUCUGGGACCUCGUUAACAACUCUUUCCUGCGAGACACAUUCAUGAGAUUAGUGCUGACAGUCAGAAGCAACCUCAUUCCAAGCCCUCCAACCUACAAUACCAAAUAUGGGUACCUCAACUGGGAGUCCUACUACAACAUCUCCUACUACACCCGGCUCCUCCCUCCUGUACCUGAAGACUGUCCUUUGCCCAUGGGAACUAAAGGCAAACCUGUUCUUCCUGAUCCCCAAGUGUUGGCCGAACAGUUUUUUAAGAGAAAAAAGUUCAGGCCAGACCCUCAGGGAACCAAUCUGAUGUUUGCCUUCAUGGCCCAACACUUCACCCACCAGUUUUUCAAGACAGACCAUAAAGUUCAAGGGGGCUUCACCAAGGCUUUAGGACAUGGGGUAGAUGCGAAUAAUAUCUAUGGAGACGAGCUUGUGCGACAGCUUCAACUCCGGCUUCAUGAAGAUGGAAAGCUGAAAUAUCAGUUAGUAAAUGGUGAGAUGUACCCUCCUACGGUGUCUGAGGUCCCUGUGCACAUGGUGUACCCUGAAGGUCUCCCUCCAGAGCAGCGGCUGGCCAUUGGUCAGGAGUUAUUUGGCAUCCUGCCGGGUCUCACCACAUACGCCACCAUAUGGCUAAGAGAGCAUAACAGAGUCUGCGACGUCCUGAAGGCAGAACAUCCCACCUGGGAUGAUGAGCAGCUCUUCCAGACCACCAGGCUCAUCAUCAUCGGGGAGAUAAUCAACAUCAUAAUCGAAGAGUACGUGCAGCAUCUGAGUGGUUACCUGCUGAAGCUGAAGUUCGAUCCCCCUCUGCUCUUCAACACGCCUUUCCAGUACAGCAACCGCAUCGCUCUGGAGUUCUGCCACCUCUACCACUGGCACCCACUGAUGCCUGACAGCUUCCUGAUCGAUGGAGAUGAAAUCCCGUACUCCCAGUUUAUUUACAACACCUCCAUCCUGACUCACUACGGGGUGGAGAAACUGGUGGAUGCCUUCUCUCGUCAACCUGCAGGACAGAUAGGUGGAGGCCAAAACUCUCAUGAAAUAGUGCUCAAAGUGGCAGAAAUGGUCAUCCGAGAGUCUCGAGCAACGCGUGUGCAGCCCUUUAAUGAAUACAGGAAGAAGUUCAACCUAAAACCAUACACGUCUUUUUAUGAAUUUACUGACGACUUAGAAAUGGCCAGAGGUUUGGAAGAGCUCUACGGCGACAUAGAUGCUUUGGAGUUUUACCCCGGCAUCCUGCUGGAGAAAACACGUGCUAACGGCAUAUUUGGUGAGAGCAUGGUGGAGAUGGGCGCUCCCUUCUCCCUGAAAGGCCUGCUAGGAAACCCCAUCUGCUCCCCUGAGUACUGGAAGCCCAGCACCUUUGGGGGAGAGACAGGCUUCAGUAUUGUCAAAACUGCUACUUUGAAGAAACUGGUAUGUCUCAACACCAAGUGGUGUCCAUACGUGGACUUCCAUGUUCCACGAAAUGAGGAGGAAGCAAAACCAAGGAAACCAUCUACUGAACUUUAAUCAGUGUUCACCUAAUGACCUGUGGUCAUCAGUUUAUUACGAUGCUGCCUGUAGGAUAUGACAUACUAUGGUUGUCAAUGUCUUAUAAGUUUUUGUUUUAAUCCCGUUCAGAUUGGAUUUAUUGCUCCGAUUUUAAUACUAUAUGUGCCUGUGAAGAUUCUCAUUCAUCCAGGUCAUUGUAAGCUAUAUGUGCUAAUUCUGUGAAUUUAUCCUGCCUGCAACGAAUGACAUGCUGCACACUGAAGCAGGUCUAUGUUACACCACUCAAGCAACGACAGCAUUAAUAGUGUAGAAAAAGUGUUAAUUUAUCGCUUCAACAUCAAGACUCUGCUAAAUUUUCAUGUAUUAGCACAGCAGCAACCAGUCCGACUCUGUACUGAACACUUGAACUUCUCAUGCCUUGCCUGUAGUACCAUACCCUAAAACUGGUUUCUCUGCCACCUAGUGGUGAGUGUGGUACAUGGAGCUUAAUUGUUAACCAGAAAUAAACAUAAUGUUGAACCAGUA